AUGGUGCAACAGCUACCUCCUCAGGGGGGCUCGCGCAAGAUCUCCUUCAACGUCUCCGACCAAUAUGAAAUCCAGGAUGUCAUCGGCGAGGGCGCCUACGGGGUUGUCUGCUCUGCCAUCCACAAACCGUCCGGCCAGAAGGUCGCCAUCAAGAAGAUCACUCCCUUCGACCACUCCAUGUUCUGCCUGCGAACGCUGCGGGAGAUGAAGCUGCUCCGAUACUUCAACCACGAGAACAUUAUUUCCAUCCUAGAUAUCCAGCGGCCCCGCAACUACGAGAGCUUCAACGAAGUGUAUCUGAUUCAGGAAUUGAUGGAAACCGACAUGCAUCGCGUGAUUCGUACCCAAGACCUGUCCGACGACCACUGCCAAUACUUCAUCUACCAGACUCUGCGGGCGCUGAAAGCCAUGCAUUCCGCCAACGUUCUUCACCGUGAUCUCAAGCCAUCCAACCUUCUUCUCAACGCCAACUGCGACCUGAAAGUCUGCGACUUUGGUCUCGCCCGCUCGGCCGCGUCGACCGACGACAACUCGGGCUUCAUGACGGAAUACGUGGCGACUCGGUGGUACCGUGCCCCGGAGAUCAUGCUGACCUUCAAGGAAUACACCAAAGCCAUCGACGUGUGGAGCGUGGGCUGCAUUCUGGCCGAGAUGCUGAGCGGAAAGCCCUUAUUUCCUGGGAAAGACUACCACCAUCAAUUGACCCUGAUUCUGGACGUUCUGGGCACCCCGACCAUGGAGGACUACUACGGCAUCAAGUCCCGCCGCGCGCGCGAAUACAUCCGGUCCCUCCCGUUCAAGAAGAAGAUCCCGUUCAAGGCGCUGUUCCCGAAGAGCAACGAGCUGGCAUUGGAUCUCCUGGAGAGACUGCUGGCGUUCAACCCAGCUAAGCGCAUCACCGUCGAGGAGGCGCUGCGCCAUCCGUACCUGGAGCCGUACCACGACCCGGACGAUGAGCCCACGGCGCCGCCGAUCCCGGAGGGCUUCUUCGACUUUGACAAGAACAAGGAUGCGCUCAGCAAGGAGCAGUUGAAGAUCCUGAUCUACGAGGAGAUCAUGCGGUAA